AUGUCUUUCGACGAGGCCAAAUCACGCAAAUCUUCCUCCGUUGUCCAUGAUGACUGUAUCGGAUAUAUUGAACGCACGUCUGCCGACACCAAGGUCGACCGAAGGAACACCACCAUUGUCAGGGAUAUCGAGCAUCUUUCUUCAUCGUCAUUCUGGGCAUCGGCGCCGCCUUUGGAAUGCAAACAGGUGAGAUGUUAUGCAAUCAACCCUGCUCGCGAUCUUGGACCGAGGGUUAUGACAGCUAUGAUGGGCUACGGAAGGACAAUCUUCACUUUCAGAGAUCAAUAUUGGAUCUGGUGCCCCAUCAUUGCGCCAGUCUGUGGUGGGCUGGUCGGCACCUUCACCUACGACUCGCUCCUCUUAUUGGGGAGUGAGAGUAUACUCAACAGACCGAACGCCGAGGCCCGACGCCUCCAUGUUCAUGCAGCUCACGCUGAGAAGAGGACGCCGUACCCUGGCCUUGGGUUGGCACGCGACCGUGACGAGGGCGACAUUGUUUAA